AUAAGCAUUAAGCAGUGAGUGAGUGCAUCGACCUUCGAUCAGCCAUAUCCUUCAUCGAUCUGGUCAUGGCAGCAGCAGUGCUCCCGAGGUUCGUUGCCGUGGCGGCGCUGGUCGCGCUGAUGUGCGCCAACGCUGUGGCCCAGGUUCCUGCCGCCGGCGGUGCGCCGGUGUGCAGCCCCGGUGUCGAUCAGAACGUCGUGAAUGCGUGCUACAAGAGCUUCGGGGAAGGUAUGAAAAAUACCAUUGCCGACAGGAUUAUUUCGGCUGGUAAUGUCAUUAAGGUUCCACUGGACUGUUGCGUAAUCUUUGGAGGCCACCCGUGCCUCUGCAACAUGAAGAAGGCGUGGAAGACUCCGGCUGAGAUUAAAAAUGCCCAGGAUGUGCAAUGCGUCAAGCAAAAGGUCUGCUAGUGAGCACGCGCGGGAGGUCUCUUUGUGCAUGCAAGACCUCUAGAACGUCGGAUAUGUGUGUUUCUUGCAUGUUGAUUUCAAGCCGUCGAUGUCCACAUGCUCCUUGUUUGCUUUUAUCAGCUUGUGUGUGUCAUGUGAGUGUGUUCUGUUUUUCUACGUAUGAGAGUGUUGAUCGUUCAGUCGAGUCUUUUUAGUUUGUACCAAUCAGAAAUAAAUGUUGGUGAAUUUUCUUGUUUCAUCC